GCUCAACGCAAACAAACGCCAACAACAACAACCCAAACAAGAAGGCAAGCAGGGCUUGAGCGAGCAAGCAAGCUCGCACCGCUACGGAAAACACAGACGACAAGGGGGACCAAGGACAAUGCAGGAUGAGGCAGAGAGUGUGGAGCAGCUUGCCCACGACAAUGCUCAGCUUCGAUCUCGCUUGGAGGCUCUCGAGCAAGCCUAUGACGAGCUGGAAGAAGCCAACGAGCAGCAAUUCAAGCACAUUGACGCCCUCAAGAAGGAGAAGCGUGACUUGGAGGCCCUGUGUCAACGCCGCAAAGCCGACAUGGAGGACAUGGUGGCAUUGCAAGAGCACUGCUCAAGCCUUGAGCGCCAAUUACGCGAAACCAAGAGUGCGCUGCAAGGGGCACGAUCCGAGCUGCGGAAGGCGUCGUUCCAGCUGCAGCUGCGCAAUGCGCGUAACGCGUCCGUAUCGAGCCGCACAUCAACAACCGAGGGCACAUCGUCGUCGAUAUCCUCCAUGUCACAGUCUCGUUCCCGCACAUUCAACACCGCGCGCGAUGUGCUGAAGGCGCGGCGGAAGCUGCUGCAGAAGCUGAAGAGUGCUGAUGACACCGACAUACCACCGCCAUCGCCACCACCACAGGCAGGCCCAAUACAGGCCGGGCCGGCAACAACAGCGGCAGCAGCAACAGCAGUGGCGGCGGGAGAUGUGCAGGAGCGGAUAGACGCUGCCGUUGCUGCUGUUGCCUGCGCAUAUGAGAAGCGCAUUGCAUCGCUGCAGGACGCGCUGGAUGAGGAGAUGCAGCGGCGAAAGGACCUGCAGCUGGCCCACGACCACGCCAUCACGGCCGACGCCGGCACUGCUGGCGAUCACGCUGGGGACGCGACUCAUGGUGGUGGUGACGCAGACACAUCCGGCAGCGGGCUGAAUCUCGCCGAGGAGCUGAGCCGCGUUGCAUCGAGCGACGUGCCGUUGCCCGUUGGGGCCGACCUGACGCAAGCAACGCAAGCAUCCAGUCACACUGAUGCAACAACACCGCGAGCAGCAUCAACAUCAGAAGCGGCAACGGCGAGCGAAGAUGACAGCACAAGUGGUGCCGAUGCGAAGAACGCGGGCACGAACAGCGGGGACGCCCGUGCCAGCAGUGGUGACAAGACUGAUGGAGCGAGCAGCGGCAGUAGCAACAGCACCACCACGUGCGCUGGCGAUGGUGGCGAUGGUGAUGGGGGCGGUGGCCGACGCAUUGUGCUGCCCGUCUCUGCGGCGCUGACGACGGAGUUGCGGGGCGAAACGCAGUACUUUGGGCGCAGCGACGAGCAAACAGACGAGACACUGCAGCAGCAGAUUAUCAUGGAGCUCGAGAGCGAAGUCGCCGAGUUGCGGGAGGAGCUGGAGAGUGCGCUGCAAGGGGCACGAUCCGAGCUGCGGAAGGCGUCGUUCCAGCUGCAGCUGCGCAAUGCGCGUAACGCGUCCGUAUCGAGCCGCACAUCAACAACCGAGGGCACAUCGUCGUCGAUAUCCUCCAUGUCACAGUCUCGUUCCCGCACAUUCAACACGUACGACCAGCAGUGA